AUGAACUUGCAUGCCAAGCACAUUCUGCUAAAUAAUCUGCCAGAGGAGAUUGAAGGAGAAGUGGAGCUGGCUGAGUUUAAGAAUAGAAAUGCAUCAGGAACUGUUCUUCUGUGCAACAACAAGACGUAUAGGCUUGUCUGCCGGGAAGACAGCAACACUUUCUUAAUGAAAACAGACCAGGAAACAGCCAAGCUAGAGAUGUUCUUGGAGUGCCGGGAUGUAAAGUACGGGGAAAAGGAAAUAUUAGAAAUACUUCCAGAGAUAAGCAUAGGGUCAAUUGAUACGGUAGAGUUGUACAUUCCUAAGAGGCGGAUGUUUUCACUCUAUCCACUAACGGAUGCAGAGUACAAGGAGAUUCUGCUGAAGAAUAGGUCUAUAAUAAUAAGCCAUAAUGGAGAAGAGUAUUUUGCAAAGGUCUCCAGUCAAUCUGCAUCUGAAACAUUCCUACUUGUAAGAAGUCUUGGGAUAAGCAAAGAGUCCCAGAAGGAGGAAGAAAUAAAGGAAGCAUUUAAUGAAAUACUUCCUCCAAUCUUAUUUCAGCUAAUUACUCCGCAUAUUCAUAACGGCCUUGUAGAUGAAGUGGCAAUUAAACGCGAAAUAAUUGCACUUUUCAAGGAAAUAUCAUCUUCUCAUGAAGAGUUCACCAGAAACCUGCUGCUUAAUGGGCUGCAAGAAGUAUAA